AUGUGUGCCAAGCAAGACUUCGGAAAGCAAGACUCCAAAGCACGAGCUGCUGAGGUGACUCAAGAAGACAAGACAGACGGCGACGAUUACGAAGAAUCUUACACAGCGGCAGUCUCCUCCCUGGCACAAAUCAAAGAUGCGCUGGCCACCCAAUUGGCUGCGUCCCCUGGGCCCAAUCCUACGCCCAAUGUCCCCCCACUCCCGACCAGCUCCACUCUAGCUGCUGCUCACCCAACGAUUUCAGUGGCAAUGGCUGAGAUCUUGGAUAUCAAGCGCCGGUUCCUCUUGGCCGGCGAGGCCGCAGCUGGAGCCUUCUUCCCUCCAAGGCAGUAG